CCCAGGAAUUGCGCUGAGCUGGGGCUCCCUCUCCCUACGCUGCUGAGGUCGCCAUGGGCCGCUACCAUAUCCGCGUGGCCACCGGGGACUGGAUCUUCUCCGGGUCGUACAACCGCGUGCAGCUGUGGCUGGUCGGGGCUCUCGGGGAGGCGGAGCUGGAGCUGCAGCUGCGGCCGGCGAGGGGCGAGGUGGAAGAGUUCGAGCUCGACGUCCCCGAGGACCUGGGGCCGCUGCAGUUCGUGAAGUUGCGCAAACAUCACUCGCUGGUGGACGACGCGUGGUUCUGCGACAGCAUCACGGUGCGGGCACCUGGAGCCUGCAAGACGGCCGCCUUCCCCUGCUACCGCUGGGUGUUUGGCGACGGUGUCUUGAGCCUGCCCGAGGGCAGCGCCCGCCUGCCGGUAAACAAUGCCUUGGACGUCUUCCAGAAGCAUCGAGAGAAGGAACUAGAGGAGAGACAGCGGACAUACCGCUGGGCCACCUGGAGGCAAGGACUGCUCCUGACCAUAGCUGCCGACACAAAGGAGGAUCUGCCCCCCAACAUGAGAUUCCACGAGGAUAAGAGGUUGGACUUUGAGUGGACGCUAAAGGCAGGGGGACUGGAGAUGAUCUUCAAACGGAUCUACACCCUUCUGAGCUCCUGGGAUCGCCUGGAAGUCUUCGAUCAGAUCUUCUGGGGUCAAAAGAGUGCCCUGGCUGAGAAAGUUCACCAGCGCUGGCAGGACGAUGAACUUUUCGGCUACCAGUUCCUCAAUGGCGCCAACCCCAUGCUGCUGCGACACUCCACCUGCCUGCCCUCCAGGCUUGUGCUGCCCUCGGGCAUGGAGGAGCUCCAAGUCCAGCUGGAGAAGGAGCUCCAGAACGGUUCCUUGUUUGAGGCCGACUUCAUCCUGCUGCAUGGAAUCCCAGCCAACGUGAUCCGAGGAGAACAGCAGUACGUGGCUGCCCCCCUUGUCAUGCUCAAGAUGGACCCCGAUGGGAAGCUGCUCCCCAUGGUCAUCCAGAUCCAGCCCCCCAGCGCCAGCUCUCCCACCCCAACACUGUUCCUGCCUUCAGAUCCUCCACUAGCCUGGCUUCUAGCCAAGUCCUGGGUCCGAAGUGCCGAUUUCCAACUGCAUGAGCUCCAGUACCACUUGCUACACACUCACCUGGUGGCUGAGGUCAUCGCUGUCGCCACCAUGAGGUGCCUCCCAGGACUGCACCCUGUCUUCAAGCUCCUGAUGCCCCACAUCCGCUACACCAUGGAGAUCAACACCCGGGCCCGGGACCAGCUCAUCUCCGAUGCAGGAAUAUUUGAUCAGGCAGUGAGCACAGGUGGAGGGGGUCACAUCGAGCUGCUGCGGCGGGCGGUGACUCAGCUGACCUACUGUUCCCUCUGCCCUCCUCACGACCUGGCUGAGCGGGGCCUGCUGGGACUCCCAAAUGCCCUCUAUGCCCACGAUGCUUCCCAGCUCUGGGAGAUCAUUGCCCGGUAUGUUCAGGGGAUCAUGGGUCUCUUCUACCAAAGUGAUGAGGUCGUGAGGAGGGACCCUGAGCUGCAGGCCUGGUGCCGGGAGAUCACAGACGUGGGGCUGUGCCAAGCCCAGGACCGGGGUUUCCCCAUCUCCUUCCAGUCCCAGGCUCAACUCUGCCACUUCCUGACCAUGUGUAUCUUCACAAGCACUGCCCAGCAUGCGGCCAUCAACCAGGGCCAGCUGGACUGGUUUGGCUGGGUCCCCAACGCCCCAUGCACCAUGCGGAUGCCCCCACCUGCCACCAAGGAAGACGUGACAAUGGCUAUGGUGAUGGGGUCACUACCUGACGUCAGGCAGUCCACUCUUCAGAUGGCCAUCACGUGGCACCUAGGGCGCCAGCAGCCAGAUAUGGUGCCUCUGGGGCAUCACAAAGAAGAGUAUUUCUCGGAACCCAAGGCCAAAGCAGUGCUAAGCCAAUUCCAGAAAGAUCUGGAAAACUUUGAAAAAGAGAUUAUAGCCCGGAAUGAGCCCCUGGACCUGCCCUAUGAAUACCUCAAGCCCAGCCGCAUAGAGAACAGUGUGGCCAUCUGAGGCCCAAAGAGUGCCCAAUGAAACAACUUUCAUCUUGAAUUCUGUGCUUUGCUAACUCUUAGCUGCUAAGAUGCCAUUCUCUCCCCAAAGCAAGCUGCUGCAUCAGCACCUCCCCAUUCCUGGGGAAGGGGGGACACUUGACUCAUUCUGUUGAAAAAUGAAAUAAGAUUUGGGGCUUUGCAAGACCACACAGUCUGUACCAACUCCUAAGCUCUCCUGUUGCAGUACGAAGACAAUCAGACACUAUAUAAACCAGUGAGCAUAACUCGGUCCCACUAAAACUCCAUCUAUGGAAUAUACUGGACUUCACAGAUCACAACUUU